AUGCUGGGAUCCAGCCUCGGAUCCAGCCUCGUCUCUAUCUCGCUGUACUUCAUCCUCAACCUCCUCGUCACCGUCACGAACAAGCAAAUCUUGUCUCAGGCAUCAUGCCCCUGGCUUCUCACCGCAUCCCAUGCUCUCACCACGUUCAUAACCACGGCAGCGAUUUUGCGCCUGCAGAAGCCAAAACUCACUUGGACAACUACGGCCACGUCUACAUCUCUUUCACAUUCGUUGAUCCGUGAGAGACGCCAUGAUGAUGGCGACGAUGUGACUGAACAAAGACACCGAAAUGGAGAUGAGAUCAGAGCCAGUCUGGUUGUGCACCUGCGGGUCCUGCUUCCCUUCUCUCUGCUUUACACCCUGAACAUCGCUUUGUCCAACUUGGCCCUGGGCUUGGUCACUCUGACUAUGCACCAAACCAUCCGCGCUGCGGCUCCAGUCAUCACUGUCCUGAUCUCCAUCGUGGGGCUUGGAAGGUCUUGGCGAGAAUAUCCCUCAGGGGCGUACGGAGCCAUCGGUCUGACGAUAUGGGGUGUGAUUAUUGCAACCCACGCUACAUCCUCUGCAAAAGCGAGCGACGGGAAUGCUCUGGACUCGACAACGACAACGACAACGACAUUUGGAUUCGGGAUAACAUUGCUUAGCGCCGUCUUGGCCGUGGUGAAAACGAUCCUUACACACGAGUUGCAGCAACCACCCCGCUCCAGCCGAUGGGGACUAGGUCUGCCCUCAACGAGGCUGGUGCAAUAUCUUGCUCUUUACGCUGUGAUUCAGGCGGUGCUACUUGCCAGCUGGACCGGCGAAAUCAAGCGUCUAUUCACAUCCGACUCGGAACUGGCACCACCGACGCUAGUACGAAACCUGAGCGGUCGAUCGCCUCAGAUAAGACUGCCGUGGCCGUGGCUAUGGCUCUUCAACGCCCUCGCCGCCUCGAUGCUGAACCUUGCGUCCUUCCAAGCGAACAAGCGGUGCGGGUCCCUGAGCAUGGCCAUCGCCGCGAACAUGAAACAGGUCGUCAUCCUGCUAUUCCUUUUCAUAAGCUUCCGUCGCGACAUUGCGAUGCUGGAGGUGUUGGGCGGAGAAAAGGAAAAGAAACAGGCAGCUGAGUUACGACAGGCAGAGAACAUUAUCGUUCUUGGGUCCUUGAUGACGGCCCUUGGAGGCAUCUGGUACGCUUUUGUCUGUGUGCAGGUGAAAAAGAGGCAACGGAGACGAUAUCCAGUGGGAGACGAUUGGGAUUCUGACAGACGAGGCUGGAAGGGAUAG